AUGGAUCAAGUCGAAGUAGAACUGGACUCAUCAUCAACAGAUUGCGAAGCCACAUCGAGACCAGGUUCCCCUGCCCGGUACUCCCAGGCCGACAGCACAUUUCCAACACUGGAAGCCAGGCUGUUAGCCGAAUCACAAGAGGACCUUCAACGCAUAAUGGACCUUCUGCCGCUUCCAAGCAAAUCCAACCCCUCCGUACCAGAUAAAAAGGAGAUAAAAGAAAGGGUGACUUCAAUGUUCGCAACUAUACAUCAGCUGUACGGCAGCCUGGUGGAGCUCAGAGCUGCCAAAAACACUACGGAGAGCUCACACUGUCAGUGCCACCAAACACAGCCAAGACUAAUACCUUCGUAUUCCGAAAUAGUAAAAACUAACAUCCCACAAAGUACAACAACGAAAACAAUAUCACGCUCUAUAAAUAAAAAGAUCCAAAGCGAAGGCUGCAGUAGCAGUUAUGCCUUGAUUGUAUAUCCGAACGAAGCCAAUCCUGAAACCAGCACCACCAACAUGGAAGUAAUAAAAAACAAUAUUAUAAAGGAGGUGAAGCCGGAUAAAUUGAAAAUUAAAGUGACGGCAAUUAGGAAGAUUAAAGGUAACGGUCUCUGCUUCCGUACCAGCAGCAAGAGGGAUGCCAUGAUUCUGGAGCAAGCGGUACAGGGACUCCCAGAAGUCCAACCACAAAUAAAAACUAGGGUCUCGGAAGGCAGGCGUCCAAGGAUAAUCUUGCUGAACGUCCCAAAUUCAGCUGAGGACGACAGCAUCAUCAGCACAAUCUACGAACAAAACGACUUCUUGAAUGGGAUAAGCAAACAGGAAUUUGAGGAAUCAACAAGAAUAAGCACAACCCUAACAAAAGGAAAUACUAAGGAAAACUGCAGGCAUGUUGUGCUUUCAACUACACCGGGAAUAAGGAACCAGCUUAUAAAAGAAAAAUACAUCUCACUAUCAUGGGCGAACAUUCGUAUAGAUGACUACGUGCACAUAACCCGUUGUUUCCAGUGCUGCGGGUACAACCAUCUUGCGAAGGACUGUACGUCUAAACAAAUCUGUAGUCAUUGCUCCAAAGCACAUAGAUAUAACGAAUGCACAAGAAGAGAGCAGCCAUCGUGUUGUAUCACUUGCAAAUUGGCAAACAAGGGUCUGCCCCCCGAGAAACGGCAGCCCACGAACCACAAUGCUUUUGACCUAAAGUGUCCCCAAACCAUUAAAAUAAGGGAACAAGUUAUUAAACAGACCAAUUAUGGGUACUAA